AUGUCGGAUGAGUUCAAAAUACAUCACUUAGCCUCGCAAGUGUGUUCGAGCCUCAAGAGCGCGAUCAAACCCGACAACAUCGCCUCGAACUUCAACAAGAACAGGACGAGAUAUGUGACAGUGCAAGUGCCGGCACAAGAAGCAAGAAGGUUUAUCAUUUCGCAAUCAUCCUCGCCGCACGAAUUCAAUGAUCUUUAUGAUGAACUCAAGAGCAAGAAUGUCCGCGUCCUCGACGGGCUGGUGUUUAUACUGGAAAAUGUAUGCAAGGACGAAAAAGUAAAAAAGAUGCUCCACGCCCAUGCGUUGAACAUUGGUGACGCCGGGAAGGUUCCGAUCGGGAAAGUGAAGCCUGGAGUCAGGCAAACUGAAAAGCAGGAGAUCGGGAACAUGGACUUGGAGGCUAUUCAGAAGACGAUUUCAGAGUCCGCUAGAAAAUCCCGCCGUUCAAAAGCGCCUAAAUCUUCAAAAACAAACUUGCUUGAGCAAGGUGACUCGGCGGUAUCGGCAGACACUCUUCUUGAUGUCAAAGCUCAGAGGAUGAAGGCUCACGCGAACGAACCGUCGACCUGUGACAUAAGAUAUCCCGCGAUCUGGAGAUCACGUCACAUUCCCGAUUUGGAGCAGUACAAGAACAAACCGGUUGGGCAGAUUGGUGCGCUUCCUACUGAAUCACAGGAAUCCGAACUGGUCAGGGACCUCUUGUGCAUCCUCUCUGGAGGCCGUGCUACCUACAUUUGGAUGAAGAAAGAAAGCACGGAAGAGCAUCGAAUCCUGCCGCCAGAAUACGAGCUCGACCCGAGCAUCAACAUCUCCCUCCGCUCACUGACAGUCGAGCCCUUAAAAGUCGCUGCAGCUCUUCAUGUUUUGCUCAACUUCAGCGAAAGAUACGUCCUCCACAACUUCGGAAUGGUAGCCCAUGCGUUCGUCGCCGAGCUUUCAAAUUACGUCCAAGAAAUUAGGAACAACAUAGUCAAGCUAGAAUCAGUUCAUGUGAGUUUGAUGAAAGAAUUCGCGCGUUAG